GCAAUAAAGCACCUGUUUUGCAAGCAUGAAACCCAGAGUUCAAACCCCAGUCCUACCAAAAAAUAAAUUGAUAUUCCAGGAAUGAAGACUUACAGUUUUUGAUAAGGUUGCCAGAGCAAUCCAGUGUGGAAAGAAACAAAUGUUUACAAUAAAUGGUGCUUGUACAACUGGGUAUCUAUAUGCAAAAUCAUGUAGUAAGGACAGUAUUGAUAAUUGGUACCAAAAUAAUUGGCCAUCUUUCUGUAGGAAAAAAAAAAUUGACAUCAGUUACCCUCAAACCACAUGGCAAAAUACAUUCCAUGAAGUUAAAGCACUGCAACUGGAGUCCCAAGUACUGUGAUGGCCGAGUUGAGAUUACUGGAGUCCACAAGUUCCAGACCAGGGCCAUACCAUUAGUGGAAACACAGCAGUACUGUUACUGGAAAAAGAAAGAAAAAACAAGUGUUUAAACAUUGUAGAAGAAAAUUAGGAAAUUGUAUGAAAUGUAUAGUUUAUGGAGACUCUGCCUCCCUCCCACCAGUGCUGGGGAUGGAAUGCAGGGUCUUGGGUAUGCUAGGCAAGCAUUCUACUACUGAGCUAUCCAUUCCUAACCCUUGGUCUUUCGAGACAGGGUCUGGCUGUGUACCUCAGACUGGCCUCCAACUCACCAUCCUCCUGCCUCUGGAAUGCCCCGAUUACAGCUUCUGAUGCCAUGCCAGACAUGUGGAGACUUUUUUUUCUUUUUGGAUGGGACUGGGCUUUGAAUUCUGCUUCGUGCUUGAGUCAUGCCUCCAGUACAUUUUGCACUGGUUAUUUUGGAGAUGGGGGUCUCAGGAACUAUUUGCCCAGGCUGGACUCAAAUCUCCAGAUCUGUCUUCCCCAAUAGCUAGAUUACCGGUGUGAGCCACUAGUGCCCAGCUACAUGAACAAUUCUUGAUUAAAUACUAAUAAAUCAGUGCUUAAAAUAAAUUUAUUAAACUGUACGAAGGCCUGCCACUAAAAACCACAACAAACUGAUCACCAUAGAAACUUUAGAACCAUUUUUUGUUUUGUAUUACUAAUUAUUUUGGUGAUACUGGGGUUUGAAUUCAGGGCCUAGAACCAUUUUUGCAUAAAUGAAGAAUGGCUGGUAUCUGUUAUUUUACAACGUGGUAUAGGAAGUCCUGAAUUUAUGGUAAGAUCCGAGAAAUAGAAAUAGAAAUUCAGGGCUGGGGAUGUAGUUCAGUGGUAGAGUGCCUAGCAUGUGAGGCCCUAGGGUGCAUUUCCAGUACAGCAAGAAAAAAAUUCCCAAACCAGAAAUAUAUUUUUAAGAAGAAAACAAUUCAAAUUUGCAAGAAGUACCAGUACUAUGGAAACACAAAGAAUCAGUAGAGUGUAGCAUGUGUGAAGAUAAAAACAAAGACCUAAAGUGAAUUGAGUGGAGGGAUACAGACCAUUACAGGUUUAUACCGAGAGAACAAAUGCAAGUCCUCCAGGAACGUGGCGGAAUCAGGCAAAAAGCUUUCCUGAGCAUCCCGCGGGGGUAAUCCCCACCCCCAGUCUUGACCUUCAGUCCAUCCAGCUGUCCACUCAACGGGCUGGGCCCGGUCCCGCCUCCAGCCCCGCCCCCUCACCGCCGUAGUCCCGCCCACAGGCCUGGCGCUGAUCUCCACCGGGGCCUCUACAUUAGUUUCCGCCUCAGUCCCCGCCCACAAACGUAGCCCCGCCCACAGGCCUGGCGCUCACUUCCACCUCGGCCUCUGCAUUUGUUUCUGCCUCCAGCCCCGCCCCCAGGCUUCUAACCUCUUGCUGGGCCUCUGCAUCUGUUUCUGCCUCCAGCCUCAGCCCUAAAUCGACUUCGCGGCCGACCCCAUCCUCGAGAGAAGUUAACUAUAAUUUCUGUGCCUGAAGCGGUCCAAAGUAUUUCAGGUCGGACCCCGGAAUCCGGCCCUCAUAACCAAGGCAGCGGAAGUGACGUCACCAUGAGCUGCCCGUCUUUUCCGGUGUGGCUCCGAGUUCCCUCAGUGGUGGUCUGCCUGGAUACGGCUUUACUGAGGUUAGGUAAAGUGGCCGACCGGCAGUGGCAAGGGGGCGGUGAAAGUGCAGGUUUGUCCCUGGUGGCGGAGGAGCCUCGGUCGAGAGUCCGCGUCUCCGAGCGCUCGCGUCCGCCGGGGCCGCGCGGUGGGGUCCGAGACCGCUCUGGCUGUCGCUCCCACGGUGCGUGCUGUCUGGUGCGAUUUGGGGACUUGGCAUCCCUGCGCUUCCUCACAGGUUUUUCAGACACGGCGAUUGCCUUUCCAAAAGCCUCCAAAGCAAGCUUUUAGGUUUUCUUUCAGAAGGAAAAGAAUUCCCGCAGUUUGACUCACCGCGACUUCGCCCGACUUACGCCCUCUGCAUGGACCGGCGCGUCCCGGAAUACAAAUAACCCUAUGUCGAGAGGAGCCGAUUGCCACUGUUCACUUAGGUGCUUCAGUUUCCUGUACGUGUCCUAGGAAUCACAGAAGAGAGUGUUCUGCCUUAUAGGAUGGAAGCCAUCAGCUUGUCCCGUGGUGCUGCAUAAUCUCACAGUCACUAGUUUUAUCUGUGUGGGUUUAUUUUCUAGGGGCCCAACUUACUUCCAUGAAGACAAUAUGAAGGUAGAAAGGAUGGUGGCUGACUGCCAGGAGUCAGUGACCUUUGAGGAUGUGGCUGUGGACUUCACCCAGGAGGAGUGGGCUUUACUGGACAUAGCUCAGAGAAACCUAUAUAGAGAGGUGAUGCUGGAGAACUACCAGAACCUGGCCACAGUAGGAUUUCAGCUUGUCAAACCCAGCCUGAUAUCUUGUUUGGAAGCAGAAGAAGAGUUAAGGACAGUGGAGAGAGGUGUUCUCCAAAAAUGGGCAAUGCGACUUAACACCAAAGGGAUGGCAUCUUGGCAGGAUGCUUUUUGGUUAAAAACAGCUGAGAUAGAACAGGCAAGAAUUCACAAUGGAAAGGACUUCUAUGAAUGUAAGCCAUGUGUAGAAAUCUUCAAAGAACACUCAUGCCUUCUGACACACGUGGGUACUCCUAAUGGAGGGAACACUUGUGGUAGUGGUCAGUAUGAACAACACAACUUUCCUAAUCUGCAUAAGGAUACUUCUGCAGACAGACUUCCGGUAUUCAGUCAGUAUGGAAAAGACUUCAGUCUGACUCCAGGUGUUGCUUACCAGACCUCAUGUGUGCAAGCCAGGUCACUUGACUGUGGUAACUUUGGGCAGGACUUUAUUAGUCAGUCAUGCCUUUACCCACAGGGGAGGACUCACAGUGAAGACAGAUUUUUCCAAUGGAGGCAGAGUGAUGAUGCUUUUAACCCCUCUGUGGGCCACAUUGGGCCUGUUCAGACAUACGCUGGAAAAAAGUCCUAUGAAUGUAGGGAGUGUGGGAAAAGUUUUAAAUACUCUGCCAACCUUAAUAUUCAUAUGCGCACCCAUACAGGGGAAAAACCUUACCAGUGUAAGGAAUGCGGGAAAGCUUUUUCCAGGUGUUAUCCCCUAACUCAGCACUUAAAAACUCACACUGAAGAGAAGCCCUUUGAAUGUAAGGUUUGUGGAAAAUGCUUUAGAAAUUCCUCAUGCCUUAAUGAUCACUUUCGAGUUCACACUGGACUAAAACCCUAUAAAUGUAAGGACUGUGGCAAAGCCUUUACAGGGCGCUCUGGCCUCAGUAAACAUUUACCAACCCAUACUGGCGAGAAGCCGUAUGAAUGUAAGGAGUGUGGCAAAGCCUUCACUUCUACCUCGGGCCUCAUCAAGCAUAUGAAAAGUCACACGGGAGAGAGACCCUUUGAGUGUGACUACUGUGGGAAGGCUUUUGCUUCUUCUUCAACCCUCAUCACACACUUGAGAACACACACUGGAGAGAAGCCCUUUGAGUGUAAGGUGUGCGGGAAAGCGUUCACAUGUUCUUCUUAUCUCCGCAUUCACAUGCGGACUCACACCGGAGAGAAGCCCUAUCAGUGCAAGGAAUGCGGCAGGGCCUUCACUGAGCGCACGAGCCUUACUAAACACUUACGCACGCACACUGGAGAGAACCCCUUCGAGUGUACUGUGUGCGGGAAAGCGUUUGCAUGUUCUUCCUACCUUCACAAUCACAUUCGAACUCACACUGGAGAGAAACCGUAUGUGUGUAAGGAAUGUGGGAAGGCCUUCACGGUUUCCUCACACCUAAGUAAACAUGUUAGAAUUCACACGGGAGAGAAGCCCCAUAAAUGUGAGGAAUGUGGGAAGGCCUUUACUGUACGCUCAGGCCUCACUAAGCAUGUGCGAACGCACACUGGGGAGAAGCCCUAUGAUUGUAAGGAGUGCGGGAAGGCCUUCACCACUUCCUCAGGCCUCAUUGAACACAUAAGAAGUCACACGGGAGAGAAACCAUACGAAUGUGACCAGUGUGGGAAGGCCUUCGCCUCCUCCUCAUACCUUAUCGCACAUUUGAGAACUCACACUGGAGAGAAGCCCUUUGAGUGUAACAUGUGUGGGAAAGCGUUCACAUGUUCCUCCUACCUUCACAUCCACAUGCGAACGCACACUGGAGAGAAGCCCUAUGAAUGUAAGGAGUGUGGGAAGGCCUUCGCUGUUUACUCACACCUCAGUAAGCAUGUCAGAAUUCAUAGUGGAGAGAAAGCCUACAAGUGCAAGGAUUAUAGGCUAGCUUUCAGUGGUUCUCAUCUAACUGAGCACAUAGAGACCCUGGACAGAAGGCGCUUGGAUGAACGGAAUGAAGAAACUGUUUUAAGAAGUCCUCUUGCCUUAGCAAUGCACUCAGAUUCACAGUGGCAAGAAACCUUAUCAGUAUGAGCCACAUGUAAAGUAUUCCUUUGGCCCAGUUCACUUUAGAGACCUGAGAGGACUCAUUCUAAGAUGCCCCUUGAACUUAAGGAGUGUGGGUAAGCCAUCAGAGCCUGCUCACAGUCCUGCAAGAACUCACUGUGAAGCUGUGCGGUGUCAGAAACAUGGAAAACUCUCGCUGCCUCUUGGGAUCUCACUAACCAUGAGAUCUUCAAUGAAGAGGAACUCUGUAGCGUGGCAAAGCUGUAGUUCUGCUAAGUACUUGGGUGGUUGCCUCUAAUAUCACAAUGGAGAGAGACUUCAUGAAAGUAAGAAAUGUUGGAAAGUCAUUUUACCUUACCUUAUUCUAUAACCUUUAAUAAACAGACAUGAUUCACUCUAGAAGUUGUUCGUGUGUGGAAUAUGGGAAUUGUUUCUCUGUCCUUCAGUUUUGUAUGCUUCAGAGAUACAUGCCCUUAUUGGUGGUUUUAUAGACUUGUUUUGAACAGUUACACUUCAGUAUUUGAAAUGUGUUGAAUAUUUGUAUUUAUGACUUAAGUUUUAAAUAUCUAAUUUCUACUGUACUUAGUUUUUGUUUCCCUUUACUAAGAUGACUGAUAACUAAAAUUGUAUAUAUUUAGGGUAAACAACCUGAUGUGGAAUAUAUAUGGUCACCUGUUACUUUUGGUGUUAUGAAGCACUUUCUACUCAGCACAUUCAGGUAUAUGAUACAUUAUCAUUAACUAUAUUUGCCAUGCUCUGUAUAAAGUCUCAAGGAGUUAUUCAUCUUACAACUGAAAGCUUGUACCCUUUGACAAAUAAUUCGUUUCUCCAAUAACUCCUUACCCUGGGUAACCAUGAUUAUAUUUUUUCUGUACUGUGUAAUUAAGUAUGAUCACGUAGUACUUUUUUAUGUCUGGCGUAUUUCAUGUACCAUACUGUCCUCUAGGUUCAAUCCUGUUGUUCCAAAUGGCAGAAUUUCCUUCUCUGUUAAGGGUAAAUAUUCCAUUAUAUAUGUCACAUAGAUUGUUUCCAUACCUUGGCUAUUGUCAGUACUGUUGCAUUUAAUGUAAGAGUGCAUAUCUCUUUAGGUAGUCAUUUUAUUUCCUUGGAUGUAUGCCCAUAAUUGGUUUCUUGGAUCACUUGGUUAUUCUGUUUACAAAUUUAUGUGGAACCUCCAUACUGUUUUCCAAGUGGCUCUAUCAAUUUUUAUUCCAUUCAGCUGUGUAUAAGUGUUAGGAUUUUCUUCACAUCCUUGCCAGCACUUCCUGUCUGGAUUUUUUUCUACUUUUUUAUUUUUAUUUUUUGGUGGGACUGGGGCUUGAA